CUACUACUGAGCAUGCCCGGGUGCAUGGAGCAUGCUCACUGUUUGCAAAGCAGGGCUCUGCAACCAGGAACGCCUCUGGAGGGAGGCGCAGGAAGAAGAGAGACCAUGGAGGAGAGGGGCUGCCCCAAGCACUGCAGCCGGAGAAGCCCCCCUCUUCCUCCUGCUUCUCCUCCUCCUCCUCUCCUUCUUCUGAUGGGUCUUCUUCUGGGGCUCCUGGCCCUGCCACUUGCCCAGGGACGCAGCCUCCGCUUUGUGACCCUGCUGUAUCGUCAUGGAGAUCGCUCCCCAGUGAAGACAUAUCCCCGAGACCCUUAUCAGGAAAAUGCCUGGCCCCAGGGAUUUGGACAGCUGUCUCAGGAAGGGAUGCGGCAACAGUGGGACUUGGGCCAAGCCCUUCGAAGGCGUUACAAUGGAUUUCUCAAUGCCUCGUACAAUAGACAAGAGAUCUUCAUACGCAGCACGGAUUUUGAUCGGACCCUGAUGAGUGCUGAGGCUAAUCUGGCAGGACUGUACCCUCCAGAAGGGCAGCAGAUUUUUAGAUCUAAUGUUUCUUGGCAGCCCAUUCCUGUUCACACAGUACCCGAUUCUAUGGAGCGGCUCCUGAAGUUUCCUUUAUCUCACUGUCCUCGCUAUGAACAACUGCAAAAUGAAACCCGGCACACAGCAGAAUAUGUGAAUAAAACCACUGAAAACAUGCACUUCUUGGAAAUGGUGGCAAAUAUGACAGGAAUCCAGGAUGUUUCCCUUGAAUCUGUCUGGAGUGUAUAUGACACACUUUUCUGUGAGAGAACACACAAAAUGCAUCUGCCAGCUUGGGUUACUCCUAAUGUGAUGACUCAGCUGAAGCAGUUGAAGGACUUUAGCUUUGAUUUCCUUUUUGGGAUUCACAGGCGGGUGGAGAAAGCUCGUCUUCAGGGUGGAGUCCUUCUGGCUCAAAUAAGAAAAAACCUGACUCUAGCUAUGAAUGCCUCUGCACCCUCCCACUUGAAAAUGCUUAUGUACUCAGCACAUGACACCACUCUUGUGGCACUACAGAUGGCGCUAGAUGUUUACAAUGGGAAGCAAGCACCAUAUGCUUCAUGUCAUAUAUUUGAGCUAUACCAAGAAGAUGAUGGAAACUAUUCAGUGGAGAUGUUCUUUCGGAAUGAGAGUGGAAAAAAGCCUUACCCACUGCUGCUACCUGGAUGUGAACAGCGCUGCCCCCUGCCAAAAUUCCUGCAUCUCACAGACCCUGUUAUUCCACAGGACUGGAAACAGGAAUGUCAGAUAGCAAACACUAUGAAAGAUACUGAACUUAUCGUGGGUUUGGCUGUCUGUGGAUCUAUUCUUUUCCUGCUUAUUAUCCUGCUUCUGACAGUACUCUUCCGUGUGAAGUCACAACCUCCUGGCUACCGUCAUAUUUCCGAUGAAGGAGAGGAACAGCCUUGACAAUUGCUCCAGCCCCUUCUGGGGCAGCAAGAGGAAACAGCAUUUCCCCCAGGAACAAGAGGGGAUUCUUUCAGUGACUAAGGGGUGAAACAGACGGGCAGGAAGGAGCAGCCAGAACCUGCUCCUGUCCCGAUUGCCCCGGGGCCAUGGCAAACACAUGCCACGACCUGAGUGUGCCUCCUAGUGGAGUCGCAAAUGGACCAUGGAAAGGAGUGGGAAAGAUCCACUCUUUUUGAGCUGGUUUUGGGCCACCUUAGGCCAUCCUGGCAUAGCUUCCAGGGGUGUGCAUCACCUAAACACUACGCCAUCGGGGCAGCCAGAACUUGCCACCAUCUGCCCGUCUGUUUCAGGUACAAGUGUAAUUUUGGUUUGCCUUGAUUGCUAUUUUUAAGCCAAAAGGCCCAAUACCUAAUGGUGGAGCUCCUGUGUCCAUCAGUUGUAGUCCGCCUACCAGCUGCAUAAUGCAGCAAGAGUUUGGGUUGCUAUUUUGCAGUAUGUCAUAAGUUCAAUCAAGGACACAAUCUUACUUCCUUUGAGCCCAAUAUGCUGUUUAUAUUCUCCUCUACUGGUCCAGAAGGGGCAGGCUUUCCAUUUGAAUCAUUUUGUGCAAUCUACUACAGUGGGUUCUUUGUGUGCACGGGAUCCAUUCCAGACCCCCCAUCUACCCACAUAUGGAAAAAAAAUACGGGAUCGCAAGUCCCAUUGGUUUCAGUGGUCGCACACUCCUGUGCGCGGCAUUGUAACAUCUGAAACUUGCCUUCCACAUAAGGUUAAGACUGCGGAUGGCAAGCUCGCGGAUGGGGCAGGUGCACUGUAGUUAUAACUUGUACAGCUCUUCCUAAUUGUGGGAAAGGAGCCUGAUGCUAAACCAGUAAUAACUGGCUUCUCCAGCUGAGUCAAUAACUGGGAAUCAAACCACUACCUCUCUUGAAGUACAGCGUCUGGCUGCAGUCCUAAACACUCUAGAGAGUAAACCUCAAUGGACCAGGGAUUUCCUUCCAAGUAAACAUGCACUAGAUUGUGCUGUUAUCUGUUAGAACAUUUUAAAGAGAAAGAUAGGACUGGACCAAAUCAGCCCUUUCUGUGAUGGAUACUGCUUGUGAUGAGACUUCAAUACAAGUGCAAUAUAUCAGAGAGAUAGCUUCUUUCACCCACUACAUAAUCCAGUUUCUUAAUCAUCAUUGCAUUAACUGAUGCUGUCACUUGAUACAGGCACUACUUUUGGCACUACAGGAUCUUACGAUGGUGAGAAACCUGAAAAGCUCUGUAUCUUCACUAAAUACCCUCCAUAUGUUAUUCCCCCCCCCCCAAGACCCUGUAUAUGGAACUGUCACCAGGCUACAGAUGUAAUACAGAUCUGCCAAGAAGUUGGGCAGCUUAGCUUGGAAGCUAUCCCCAUUUGUAUUUUUCUUUGCUAAUCACCUAAACUGCAUGGCAUGGCUCCUGCAGGUCGGGAAGCAAGCCUGGACUCAAAGGAAGCCCAGAAGAGUAGCUGCCACAAAUGGGUCAACUACCUAUACACUGAUUUCCUACAGCCAAAGUAGCAAAUCAAGAGGGCUUUGGUACAUAUGGGAGAAAAUAGGUGUCUACAAUGUAUUCAUUGACUUGCUGAUUGAUCUUUCUAUAUCGAUCUAUUGAUCUUAGCCUUUUUGCAUUAAAAAUUAAGGUGGAACUGGA